UUAUGAAAAUUUUGAUGUUUUGCUUAGCAUUUAUGUUCCUCUCUUUAACGAACUUGGAUCCAAUUCUCUCUUCCAUUUAUCUCAAAUCAAUAUUCAAAGGUCACGAAAGCAAAUCUUCUCUUUUCGUUCCGAUUAGGGGCUUUGGUUUGGGAUAGGAAUGGAUAGGCUUAAGGCUCCUGCUCGCCUCAUGAUAGUUUCUGAUCUUGAUCAUACAAUGGUUGAUCAUCAUGAUCCUGAGAACAUGUCGAUUCUUAGGUUCAAUGCGUUAUGGGAAGUCCAUUAUCGUCAUGAUUCUCUAUUGUGCUUUUCCACUGGAAGGUCACCUACACUUUACAAACAGCUGAGGAAAGAGAAGCCCAUGUUAACUCCUGAUAUAACCAUAAUGUCUGUGGGAACUGAGAUAACAUAUGGUAACAAGAUGGUGCCAGAUGAUGGUUGGGUUGAAUGUCUGAAUAAAAAAUGGGAUAGGAACAUAGUCACUGAGGAAACAAGCAAGUUCCCUGAACUUACUCUUCAGGCAGAAACAGAGCAACGACCACACAAGGUUAGCUUUUAUGUUGAUAAAGAUAAGGCUCAGACUGUAACGAAGUCACUUUCAGAGAUAUUGGGAAAACGUGGGUUGGAUGUCAAAAUAAUUUACAGUGGAGGAAUGGAUUUGGACAUACUACCACAAGGUGCUGGCAAAGGCCAGGCUCUUGCAUAUUUGCACAAGAAGUUUAAGGCCGAGGGAAAACUACCCAACAACACUCUAGUAUGUGGUGAUUCUGGAAAUGAUGCUGAACUAUUCAGCAUUCCAGAUGUAUACGGAGUCAUGGUUAGUAAUGCACAAGAAGAACUGUUGCAGUGGCACGCUGAAAAUGCUAAAAAUAAUCCUAAAGUAAUUCAUGCAACUGAAAGGUGUGCAGCUGGGAUUAUACAAGCCAUUGGUCAUUUUAAACUUGGUCCAAAUACUUCUCCAAGAGAUUCAACAGAUUUUUCAAACCAUGAGUUGGAAAAUGUUAGUCCUAACAAUGUACUGGUGAAAUUUUUCCUGUUCCUUGAGAAGUGGAGACGUGCAGAAGUUGAGAAUUGUGAGAUGUACUUGGCAAGCCGGAAAGCUGAUUGUGAUCCGUCUGGUAUCCUUGUCCAUCCUUCUGGUUCUGAGCUCUCUCUGCAUGAUGCUAUAAAUGGGUUAAGGUGUCACUUUGGUGACAAACAGGGCAAGCUGUUUCGAAUUUGGGUUGAUCAGAUAUUACCUAAGAAGAUUGGUUCAGAUACAUGGCUAGUAAAGUUCAAUCAAUGGGAGUUAUCAGGUGAUGAGCAGCAAGGUUGUGUGACCACUGCUAUAUUAAAGAUACAGAAUUGUGGUGAUUCUGCUCCAGCGGGGGCAACUUAUAUGCACAUGCAUCAGACAUGGUUGGAGGGAUCAGGAGCUGAAGAUCAAUCAACCUGGCUCUUCUAGAUUUUUGCCUGCAACUUCACACUAGUGCUCCAGAUGGCAAAUGCUUAGACAGCAUCCAUUAAAAUAAAAGCAAUGGAAUGAGAAACAUUCCAGUUUUGAAAUCUUUGAUUGAUGAAGAUGAGUUCUAAUAAAUGAUUACGUCAAUAGAAAUUAAUGAAAAACUUAUCGUUCAUACAAUGUCUUCCAUGAGAAACUUUCAUUUCCAAUGUUGCUUCUAUAGGUGGAUUCAUUUGGAGAUUUUUCUUAUAAUUAUGCUAUGCAUAGCUUGUGGCUCUAUACUAUAAACAAACAAACUCUAGAGCUAAUUCUUAUAACAUUGAAUGAACAAUUAAUUUUAGCCA